AGUACAUAUUUUUUUUUCUUAGGUACUGGUGGUGUUUAUCAAAUCGGUCAAAAUUCGUGUCAAAAACAAAGCACCGCUUUCCAUCUCCAAAAUGGAUCACAACGAAUCGGACUUGGAAGGAAGUACGUGAUGUUAGGACACGAAGUAAGAGCUGGUGAUGUUUUGCAGUUGCGUACAAAAGAAAAUCUGCUGAUUGUUAAACUGUGGCCAGCUGUAAACCAAUGAAGGCCCAUUUGGAAGAUCUAAACGACUACAGAUUCGACUCGGAGGGCGACCACCAGGAGGAGUUUGGGAGUGCCAUAAAUCGGGUGAAGAUGGAAGAUAUUGGUGAUCCUGAGGUUCUUGCAAAAUUCAAACGGCAAGAACAGGAAGAAAGGGAAGAAAUAGAACGCGAGAUUAAGGCCCACAAAGAAAGAAUACAACGGGAAGCUGUAGCAGCAAUUCAAAGACAAGCCCACGUUGCCAUGGGGAUCACAUCUCCAACAUCUUUAAUCACAUCAUCUGCGACAAGUCUCUCUUCUCCACCUCCUGCCUUUCCCAUGUUUCUUCCGCAACUUCCCAGCCGACUAAUGACAACUACUCUACCCCAUUCCACAAGUCCAGGAAGUUCAGCCUCUCAGUCCAUCCCUUCUCCUUCAGUGAACAGCAAUGCAGCAUCAACCAGUAGCCAAACCCCGAAUCAAGACCUCAGUAAAUAUUCCUUUGAAGAACAAUUUGGCCAGAAACCAGUCAAUGGAAGCUGUUUGAAAUCUCGAACCGACCAGGAAAAGAACUCGGAGGCACUCGGCUCUUCUUCGUUGUACGAGCUGAGUGAUGACCCCCAGAGAAAAGAAUUCUUGGAUGACCUCUUCCAAUUUAUGCAGAAACGAGGAACGCCAGUCAACAGGGUUCCGAUUAUGGCCAAGCAGGUAUUGGACCUAUAUGAACUCUACAAAUUGGUGGUUGCAAGAGGAGGUCUGGUGGAGGUUAUCAAUAAAAAGAUAUGGAGAGAAAUCACCAAGGGUCUCAAUCUUCCGUCUUCUAUUACCAGUGCUGCAUUUACAUUACGCACGCAGUACAUGAAAUACCUAUAUCCGUACGAGUGUGAAAAGAAGGGAUUAAGCACACCAGAGGAGCUGCAGGCAGCUAUUGAUGGUAACAGAAGAGAGGGUCGACGCUCCAGUUACACCCAAUAUGCCGAACUGGUUAGUGGUGCACGAAAUUCUCACCCUCAACAUCUGCAACCAAACCCAGCGCACCAUACCUCUCCUCUUGAUCUAGUAUCAAGACAAGUCAACGGGUAUGGCACAGGCCAUGGACUGUCAUCAGGAGAAGAAGACAACGGUAAUGGUAUUCCGACUUCUGCGCGACUUACGGUCCCUCAGCAGGAGGCUCUGAACCUUCAAAUGCCUCGAAACUCCCAUCAUUCAGUUCGACCUAAAGAAAGCCUCACACGCAAGAUGGAAGAUGUCAUCAACUCGCCUCCUGCGAAACGGUUUCUUUCUGAUGAUGACCUUCUGUGGGCACGUGCUACGUUGCCCAGUGCUCAUUUCAAAAUUACAAGUAGAGUCGAUGGACGGUCUCAGGCAGACAAUUCUCUAGUAGUAAGUAUGGAAAUAAACGGCGUGAUGUAUCAAGGGCUUCUCUUUGCGCAGUCACACAAAAGUCCAAAGAUGUGAUGACCAUCCAUUACUGAUCUACUCGUAUAGUGCCUUUUCCUAUAAUCGUGUAACACUGACAAUCUGCCAAGAGGAUACUCCUACCAGUACACCAGAACGUCCUUUGGAGGCAACAUGCGGCCAGCAACGUACUCUGUACUGUAAUGGCUUUCGAUUUUUGGAACUUUACGUUUGUAUUUAUCGUGCAGUUUAGAAAAACAAAACAAAAAAGUAAAAUAUUUGUAAAGCGCGACACAUAGUACUUACCGAUAUUCCAGGAAAGCCCAUUGUAUUCAUACGAAUCCCUAUUAUGAAAGCUCACCAAGAUUUUUUUGUUGUUGUAAAUUAUGAUACGAUACAAGCUCAUGUUGACGUUUCAUACUUUCAGUACGAUAUAAUAAAAGUGUCAGCUCGUAAGAUAAACAGAGAUUCUUAUAAUAAUCUGGUUGAAUGAAAUAUUUAUUAAUAAUUAUAUUAUUUACAACACCCAAGAGAGAGGUUUUAAAUGGGAAAGAUAAGUUAGAUAGCAAUCAAAUACUUUAAUCUUUAUUUGAUGUACAUAAAGUUAAUUUAUAGCUUCAAAUCAAGUCGCUCCUUUUUUUAGUGGCUUACCUUGCAAACAGAGCAGCACAUCAGGUUACUUAGUGCUUUGCAAAAUAAGAUUCUGCAAAAAAAACACUAAUUUGAAUUUAUAUCCAAACCACGUGUCUUUAAUUUUUUUUGAUAUUUGUUUUCUGUCUUCCUUUUUUUUACCUAAUAGAAAGAAAACGUUAUAUAAAAACAGUAUCUUAGUGUUGUUGUUUCUAUAUUUUCGAUGAUUACUGAGUUAAAGUGAACAACCAUGCUGGAAAUAAAGAAUGGGAACAACAAAUUGAACGUUAAUGGGUAAAGGUAUUCGUACUACGAUAGAGGAUAUCUCAAAUCGUCAUAUUCGCGAUCCUCACAUUUGAGAUUAAUUUAGAAUUAAAAAUAAGGAGCAGAUACGGAACCAACCUUAGGUUCUGCUAUUCGUCGUUUGUUGUCAUUUCUCAUUUUCUCUUACGAACAACUUUCUUCCCACAAAUGACAGCAAACGGUAAAUCGUACCUCAGGUGUGGGACGUUUUGUCAAUAUCUGCUCCAAGAUGGUAUUUUAUCUCCUAUGAAAGACAAAAGCCUGGAUGGACAGCAAAUAUUGGCUAAUACUCUGUAUUUUCAGCCUGGAUGUUGAAUAUAUAUAGAGAGGUAAAUGUUUUGUGUAUGUAUAUUUGUAUAUAUAUAGACACACAGAAACAUAACCUGAACUAUACUAUUUUUCACCGGCUUGAAUGUUUUCAAAUUCUGUCCAUAUUGAACUUGUAUACAUUUCUUUACAUUUUAAUGUUACUUUUUAGUAUUUGAUCCUCGGCAAUGGAUUAUUAUACUGUAGUAUAUUUAUGUGAUUUAUUUGCCUUUUUAUUUCAUAUGUUGUUCAAUAUUGUUAAUGUGAGACUUUGCAGACCGUGCUUAUUGUCUUUUUUUAUAUAGGACUUUCUCAGGGAUAACACAUGAACGGCUCUGCGUUUUGGUACAGUUCUUUCGUUUAUCGUAAACAAUGUGUAAAACUAUUUUUGUUGUUGUCAAGUGUAAAAAUGUAACGUUUUAAUAUGAUGUCGACCUAAUCUGUUUGUAGAUUUUUUUUUAUUGUUGGAGUAAGUUUUAGCCGAUUGAUUUUGUUUUAUUAGGACGAUUUGAUUUACAUGUAUGAUUACUUUAAGGAUUUCUUUUUUGUUUUCGAAAGCCGAGUUUAAGGUAUUUCUGACUGUAUUAUCACCAGCUUGGAAAACAAAUAUGAAAAUUUCAUGGAUGUACUUUGAUAUAUUAGUUAUAAAAAAACAAACAAACCUGUCUUGAUUAAUUUUCUAGUCUAUUUGGUCAUCUAUAUUUGAGACAUUUCAUAUAUUUACUGUUGGAAGAACGCUAACUGGUCAGAUAUGCACAAGAAAUGAUAAACACCAUUAGAUUACAAGAGAAAACAGGUAUUAUCACAGCCCUACCCUUCUUAACAAUUGUAUGUAUAGUUUUAGGGUUUUUCAAAUUUAUUUUUACGUGACGUUUAAGUAAGCACUCAAAACAUGUGAUAUUAAAAAAUAUAUAACAUUUUUAUUCAGAAAGUUCAACGUUGAUUGUAACGCAUUUUGUAAACUUGGAAAGUUUUUUUUGUAUGGCUCUAUACAGUAGAUUUUUUUUUAAUGCGAUAGAGAUGUAAACACAUGAAUUAGAGUAAAUGACUUAGCUCUUAUAAUAUUACAGAAUAACCAAUCUUUCAUUCAAAUUGUAGAAACCUAUUGUUUUUACAUUCUGUUUACAUCUUGAAGGGUUGGAUGACACUCUAACAGAAUAAGAUAUCGCUACCAGUUUGCACAAUAAGGAACAUAAAUAUAAUUGCGCAAAAUAAUCAACCAAUGCUUUUGUUUAUUUGUUGUUAAAUGUGAAGCUACACAGUUGGUUAUCUGUGCUGCGCCAACCAUAGGUAUCGAAACCCGGUUUUUGCGUUAUGAGCCUUCAGAUUUACAGCUCAGCCACUAGGGGAAGGAAGCUCAACCAACAUAAGUUUAUAAUUUGGCUAAAUUAAAAAUUAUGCACAAUUUAAUGUUGGAAACUAAGAUAAAAUACUAACAUGUUAAAACCAUAUCAUAUCGUCAUGCACACUAUAAAAUUAAGAUGAGAGAAAUCGUUUUCGCUGUCGUCGUCUCCUGGUAGGUCACUGAUAACUUUACGGACUUGCAACGCUUAUAUCCGGGAUUCGAUACCCACGGUGGACAGAUGGUACUAAGAAAGCAACAACUUUUUUACCGUCGUGCAAGAGUCGGCCAUUUUUAACACGAGCUCACUGAAUGUUAUAUAAUUAUUGUUUGCUCGUUUUAAAAUUUAUCACGGCAGCUGGUUGUUGAGAUUACUAUUUAGAUCUGUACCACAAUUUUGUAAAACAAAUUCUCUUUUGAAAAUUUAUUUAAACGGAAGCUGUACGAAAGAAGGUAGCUUGAAUAAGAAUGUUAUGAAUACACUCAUCUAUACCUUGUAUUUCAUCUUCCAUCAUCACUGCAUGAUGCCCACACCCCAGUGGCACACCAGUAUGUCUGCGGACUUAUACCAGUAGAAACCGGGUUUUGAUACCCGUGGUGGGCAGAACACAGAUAGCCCCUUUGUGUAACAUUGUACUCAACUACAAACAACAACACUGUAUGACAGAACCAAAGCCAUAAAAACUAGAAAGACUUUAGCGCGAAGUUGUGUGCCUAUAUGUGUUUUAUCUCAAUUUGACUUCGGUUAAAAUGACCAAUAUUUCAAUGUACUGUCAGCAGACGUAAUAGGUUGUGAAACGUUUUAACCGCUACGUUAACUUUGCUUUUGCUGUGAAUGAAUUUUUUUGGUGCGUAAUUACAAUAAUGUAAGAUUUAAACUGGCAUUUUAAGCGAUUAUUAUCGUAAUAUGUGCGAGGUAUUUCGAUUAUAAGGUAGAAGAAAAAGUAAGUUUUGAGAGUCGUUUUUUUAAUUUGAAAAAAAAAAACUUAAACCUUUUGGCUAAGUCCAUAAUGUUGUUAUUAAACGCAAGCUUUCAAUUCCAAUGCUCAUUUAUGACCUUUGCGAAAACCGAGAGGCAAUUGGUCCAAAUAAGUUCAUUGUGGAAUAAAAAACCCAAAGAUUAUAUUGUCGUAGAAAACGUGUUAUCAAAAUCUACAUUUUAAUCAAAAAUCAAUUAUUUUGGAAUUGAACCAAUAACAUUAUACGUUCAUCUGUUACACAGUGGAAUUAAUGAAUAAACAGCAUGCACGACAAAAACUGCUAUGUUUGGAAAAUAUUACAUUUAAAGAGAGAUAGAAAAAAAAAGGUGUUAAACAGGAAUUAAACACAUGCAAAACAAAGAAGAACAAUAUGCAAUCUUGGAUAAAAUAUUCUAUAAUAAAAUUGGAUUUUAAUUAUAGUUUUAAAUUGUACGACGUCGAUAAUUUAACGAGUACAGCAUCCGGCCAUUUGAUUGCGAAUCACUUUCGAUACAAACUGUUUUAUAGAAUUGAUUUUAGAUGAGUAACUGUGCUUAUUCAGAAUAUAUACCUUAUCUACGAGCACGUGGUAUCACUUAUAGAUGACAUCACAUGCACUUCUUAAUGUGAAA